AUGUUCCACUUACUCCCGGGCGAGAUAGUCGCCGAAAUCAUUUCACAUGCCUCCAACAGCUGCCCCACCACAUCACUCACGCAAUUCCCCGACGACCAAACCCUGAAAUCCUUGGCCACACUCUGCCGCGUCUGCAAAACAUUCUACGCCCAUGCUGCCCGUCUUCUCUACACCGCCGUCACAGUCAAGGACCUCAACUCCUCUCUCAUAGAGUCCCUAGCGACUAAUGCGAGCUUGGUUCGCUCACUCGCUAUACUCGAGAACCGGAAGAGACGGCUUUUUGAGCAUGAACUACAGCCAUAUACUCCUGAGGAUCUAGAGAGAUGGAGGAAACUUGAAGAGGCGGUGGAAUGUAUGGAGAACAUCGAGAGCGUCGUCUAUGAAGUAGAACACCUUAGCCCCAGAUUGUCUGCGGCCUUAUUAAAACGUCCAAUUCUGCGCCAUCUCACAACCCAAGAUUCCAUCCCAUUCCUCCCCGGCCCGCCACCAACCCAGUCCCUAUCAGUCUACUGGCUCCCCCACCAGGCGAAAGAGCUCACCUCGUUGCAGUCCCUCAUUGCUCGCUCAGCAAAGAUUCUACGGAAGCUCCACCUCUCUCUCCAUUUCGUCAACGAAGCAGAGGUGCCAGACCUACUCGAAGCCGUGUUCCCCGAGCCGUAUGGGAUCCCAUUAUCGGAGCUCGUGUUGGACCUACCAUCUUUCACACCACCCAUGGUGAAGACACUUGUCGGCUCGAUUGAUAUGUCGGGUUUAGUACGUCUGGACCUACAGGGGUCGGGGAUGGCGGGCCACCUGUUGGAUGCAUUGACUGGCCGGGUCAAAAGUCUGCGGUGGCUGCGGGUUGAGGGUUCGGCGGCACCCUUUAUAGCAUCUUUCUCGGGACUUGAGGAGCUAUAUUGGUACUGGGUUGUUAGGCAAACGGCUAUUGACGUUACUGUGCUGGCGCAGCAUGGGGCAUCGUUGAGAACCCUGUGGUUGGAAACUGAUUAUAUCUUCACCUCCGAAGAUGUCCAGACAUUGACGUCGGCGUGCCAGAAGCUUGAAGUGCUAUGUCUCGAUGUUGAUUUUACUCAACUGGAAUCAAUAGCAGCAUCUCUGGCAGGCUUAAAAUCACUAAAAGAGCUCUACAUCGCCCCCUCUAAAGAUUCCAGUGACCUCACACUGCCCUUAGGCCCCUACUACCUCCAUCCCUGCCGCUUCGGCCAGACAACAUCUCUCCAACACGAGCUCUCACUGCUCUACCCCUUCCUCCCCUACAUCGUCGACGGCAUCGACGCCGCCCUUGGCAUCCUGCUCGUCGGCGGUGUGUCGUGCCCCGAAAUCGCAAUCGAGGGCAUCGUGCCUCCGUAUUUCGGCAUCUUUGACCAAACGCUAAUCUGGGGGCGCGGGGUCCCACGGAUGAAGCGGUGGGUCAAGAAUGGAACGGCGAAGGACGACGUGGCCCCGGGUGCUUUUAGAGGUGGGAAUAUAGGGGAUCGGUAUAAGUGUGAGGGGGUGGAGGGGGAGUGGGAGAUGAUGAGUUCGCUUGAAUUUCGUGAGUGGAAGAUAGAGCCGCUAGGAAGAAGGAGGGUGCCGCCUUGCUGUGCGAGGACGAAGAAAAUGUGUAAGUCCAGAGAGUAG